GAGAAGCAACGCAGAAGAGGCAAAACAGAAUGUGACAUAGCGGUGAACACAUCGCAGGUCUUGACACGUCAUCAUGGUCUUCGAAAAGUCGCUGACGGCCAUGGUGAAGGGCAUCCGUGCCCACCGGGGCAAAGAGUCCGACUACAUCAAUACAUGUCUUGCAGAGAUUCAGAAGGAGAUCACCUCCAAGAACAUGCCCACCAAGUCGAUGGCGAUCUUGAAGCUGGCGUACCUCAACAUGCUCGGCUACGACAUGAGCUGGGCCACCUUUGCAGUGGUUGAGGUGAUGAGUACCAGUCGUUUCGCCACCAAGCGCCCGGGGUACCUUGCCUCCAGCAUUGCUUUUACCGAGCAGACGGACGUGGGCCUCCUCACCAUUAACCUGUUCAAGAAGGACUUCGGCUCCAAGAGCGAGUACGAGAGUGGAAUGGCCAUCAACUGCCUCAGCAACAUUUGCUCCCCCGAGAUCUCCCGGGAUAUCAUCACCGACUUGCUGUCCCUGUUGAGCUCCUCGAGGGCGUACCUGCGGAAGAAGACCGUCUUGUGCCUCUACCGCAUCUUCGUGAAGGACCCUCCGGCCCUCCGCACUUGCUUCCCCAAGCUCAAGGACCGGCUUCGUGAUGAGGACCAGGGGGUGCUGACCGCCACCGUGAACACCUUCCUGGAGCUGGCACGGAAGAACGCUCGGAACUACUUGUCGCUCGUCCCACAGCUACAUCACAUCUUGGUGAACACCACCAACAACUGGCUUUCCAUCAAGCUGCUGAAGGUCUUCCAGCUGCUGUCGCCCCUGGAGCCCCGGCUGCCGCCGAAGCUGGUGGAGCCGCUGACGAACAUCUUGAACACCACCAAGGCGCAGAGCGUGGAGUUUGAAGCCAUCCGAUGCGUGGUGCGAUCCAUGCCCGAAGGCACGGCCAUUGUGGCGCUGGCCAUCGAAAAGCUCCAGGCCUUCUUGAAUUCCUCGGACCGGAACUUGAGGUACUUGGGUUUGGACCUCUUCCGGGAAGUCAUCGAGAAGUUCAAGGACAAGGUUCCCGUGGCCGAGCUCCACGAGAAGGUGCUCACCUGCAUCGAGGAGCCUGACGUCACCGCCCGCCGGAUAGCGUUGCAGCUGUUGGACCGCAUCGUUCAUCCCUCCAACUUUCAGGAGGCAGUGCAGCGGCUCCUGGACUUCAGCAGGAAAGCUGUGCCGAACGAUGAGUUCGUGGGGACGAUUUUGCGCAUGGGCGCGAGGGAUCAGUACGCCCUGGUGGAGGACUUCGCCUGGUACCUGCUCAUCCUGGGGGAGAUCAGCAGGAACAUGGAGUCCAGCUACUCGACCACUGUGGCGGAGCAGUUCGUGGACAUUUGCGUCCGAGUGCCCGCGGUGAGGCCCUAUGCAGUGACACUUGCCCUGGGCCUUCUGGAAUCGCCGGCAGACGCGGAGGGCACACUGGUGGUGGCCACGCCCAUGGUGGGCGCCUGCGCCUGGGUGCUCGGGGAGUACAGCGCGGACAUGGAGAAACCCGCGGAGGCUGGUUUCAUCGGCGGCGCCAAGGUGUUGCUGACCAAUCGGAGCCUUCAGGCCUUGGACGCGGCGAUCCAGGCGCAGUGCAUUUGGGCGGCCACCAAGCUGUACCUCGCUUCCCCGCACCACGCGCCGGCUGCGGUUUCCGAGCUCCACGAGCUGCUGAACUCCAGUCUGCCCGCCUUUGUGCGCUCCACGCACGUGGAUGUCUCGGAGCGCGCCUCCAUGGUACUGCACAUGGCCAGCUUCUACAAGGCAGAGGCGGAGCGCCUCAAAGACGCCGCGGCCUUGGUGGCUGAGCCCCUGCUGCCGGUGAAGCCUGAGGCGCAGGCCCAGGUGCCCCUGCCGGACCUGGACGAGCCCUUCUUCACCUUCGAGGAGGCGCAGCCGGCGUUCCUGCCCGUGCGCGCCGAUCCCAGCGACCCGUACGCCCUGGCAUCCACCUACAAGGACGACCUGGGGAUCAUGGCCUCGACCCAGGAGCCCAAGACCUCUACUCCGGCGCCCUCCAUGUUCUACCUGGGCCAAGCGAAGGAGCAGGCAACGGAGACCAAAGCAGAGCCGGCAGCGCCAGAGGUGAAAGAUCCCCUGGCGCUGAUGCGGGAGCGACUGGAAGCGCAGCAGAAGGCCUCUGUGAAGUACCAGGUGAUGCGUGAUGACUCAGGAGGCGCUAGUCAGCUGACCGGCAGUGUGGGCCAGGUGCCCUCAUCUUCCAGCACCUGCGCUCUCCCGAUCCCGCCGGAGAAGGAGUUGACGGAGCUACAGGGCCGCCUGUGGACGGUGGCCCAUCGUGGCCAGCAUGUGGCGGUCUACGUCUGUAUCAGAUCGCCCAAUCUCAGGAAGCGGAGCAUGCGAAUGGAACUGCGCUGCGAGAGGACCACAGAUGCGGCGGUUUCGGAAGUGGGGCUCCGCUUUCCGCCGGGGGUCGUGGCGCAGGAGGCGGAUGCCGGGCUACUCAGACUGGUCCAGGGGCCACUGCAGCAGCGUUCUGCAAAGGUGAAGGCCAGUGUUGAGACGACCCCCUUCACGUGUCCUGGUGUCUUUGGUCUUCGUUGCGAGCUAGAAUACCUGGUCAGCGAAGGAGAGCAGAGCAGAAAGGAGCUGGUGCCUAUAGAGCUGCAGCUGCCGGCCACGACCUUUCUGGUGCCGGAGCCAAUGUCGGAGGAUCAGCUCUCAGACUACAUCUCCGAGCACUCGGCAGAUCUGCUCGGCCACCAGACAGCUCAGGCCGUGAGCUUCGAGCGCGCAGUGGACCUGCCAUCCCUGGUGGGCAGGUGCGCAGGGCUGUGCCACUUCCACGGCAUCCAACAGCAAGUCGCCGAGACUCAGGACGUGAAGUUCCUGCUGGUGGCGGCGGGCCUGCCACCAGCGCACGCCCUGGAGGGCCAGCGCGAGCCGCCGGCGAACUCCAAGGUCAUUUGCAGAUGCGCCGGGCUGAUCAGGGGCACAGGCAUGGACUUGCGGGUCACCGUGAAGGCUUACGACAAGGAAAUUGCGGAGGAGAUUUGCUCCCAGCUGGUGAGCACCUUCCGAGAGCUCAUGGAGGGCAGACUGCAGGCGUAGCCGCCGGCUCGCGUGCCGCAAGCCGCUCGGGGGCGGCGGCUGCUUUUCUUGCGGCUGCUCGCUGUAACCCGCGCAGUUUCGAAGUGCAGUUUCCGG